AUGUCCGCAUCCUUGAGAACGCCUCAACUCCGUCUCUUUCCCCUCAAAGACGAAUUCAAAUCAGUAUACUCGACUGCCCAGACGGUUUCGCGCGCCUUCUCCCAGGACCCUCUCAUCCGCUGGCUCCGUCCAAAUGGUUCUCCUUGGAGCGAGCCCAGUGCGGAGGUAAGCAAAUGGCAGUGUCGCCGGAUACAACGCGCCGUAGUAGACGGAUCAGUAUUCCGCGCGGAGCCUGUCAGUCGGAUAGAGAGGACAUUUCCGCGACGGGGGGCUAUUUCAUCUUCUCCUUCAUCGUCCACAUCGAUGGAGAAAGUAAAGGAGAUAAAAGCAGAGAUCAAAGAGGAAGAGGGGAGACAGUCUGCAGACGAUUCUGGAGCUGUAGUCAUCUUAUUUCCGCCUCGCUCACAGAAGAAGUGGUCUCUGCAACGAAUACUUCUGGCUUGUAAGCUCUGGUUCUUGGAUCUCUUGGACGGGGUCCAAGACGGGGGAGCAAAGGAGAGUAGAUUGGAUAAACUUAUGGAAGCCCAUGAUGCUUCCUUGUCCCGGCUUGGUAACCAAGUGAAUCUUUGGUAUCUUGAGGUCAUUGCGGUGCAUCCCGACCUGCAGUCUCGUGGACUCGGCGGAAUGGUUAUGCGAUGGAUUCUUGACCAUGUAGGCGAGCAGCCUGUGUGUUUGGAGUGCACGCGUGAGGAGAAUGUUGGGUUUUAUGAGAAGUUCGGCUUUCAUGUCGUGGAGAAGGUGGUGCUGGAGGAUGGAGAGGAUAAGGUGGUGUAUUGGAUGAUGUUGAAGGAGUGA